GUUGUUUUGGUUCUUGUGAAUGAUGGACAAAAAGAAGUUACCGGUGAUCAUCAUCAACUUCUUCAUAAUAGUGUUGUGUUUUCUGUGCUAUUUUCACUCAUUGGAUGGUAGUUUUACUUUCGACGAUCAGGUGGCGAUCGUCAAAAAUUCAGACGUAACGAAUUGGCAGACCUCAUACACGAAAAUAUUCGGCAAUGACUUUUGGGGCCAUAAUCUAACCGAUCCAGAAACCCACAAAUCAUACCGACCGUUGACCGUAUUGUUUUUCCACUGGCAAUAUCGGUUAUUUGGUUUGAAUGCGUUUUUCAUGAAAGCCGUCAACUUCUUCCUACACUGUCUGGUCUGCAUACUGCUGGGUCAUGUCUUACCAAUUCUAUUUCCGUCUAUCGAGAAGCAAUGGUUGUUGCUCGCAACAAUUUUGUUCGCUGUACAUCCGAUUCAUUGCGAGGUUAUCUGUGGAGUUGUUGGCCAGUCCGAGUUAAUAUGUUCAAUAUUUUGGAUUGUCGGUGUUUGGGUGAUGGCACGAGGACUUCAAAGAGACUACCCAAUUAGUAUAACCAAAGACGCUUUACGUAUUGGACUAUUGUCCGUUCUAACCCUUCUUGCCAUGCUAAGCAAAGAGACUGGAAUUACAGUCCUGGUGACAUGUUUGAUGAUGCAUGUACUGGUCACCACUAACUUAUCAAAAUUUGUACAAAGGAGAGAUUGGUCAGUAGAAUUCUAUCAAAGUCCAAAACGAGUGGCGUUCAAUUGGAUCGUAAUGGUCACGCUGAUUGGAAUUUUGAUAAUUUUACGACUGUGGAUCAUUGACUUUAAACCUCCGAUUUUCAAAGUAAUGGAUAAUCCUGUCGGGGCAGCGGAAUCGUUACUAGUCAGGAUUUGCAGUCAAAGUUUUUUGUAUGCAUUGAAUUUGUGGCUGCUAUUGUGUCCGGUGUGGCUGAGUUUCGAUUGGGCACUUGGAUCGAUACGACUCAUCGAAACGGUGACUGAUGUUCGCAUUUUACCGGCAUUUUUGAUUUACUCACUCCUCGCCCUUCUUAUAUUAAAUGGAUCUCGAAACAUCCAUACCGCCCUAGUGCUUAUGAUCAUUCCAUUUCUGCCGGCAAGUGGAAUCGUUAAAUUAGGAUUUGUUAUCGCUGAACGUGUGCUGUACAUUCCAUCGAUUGGUUUUUGUGUUCUGGUAGUAAUGGGCUAUCAGCGGAUUUGUGAGCAUUGGCAUCAGAUGAGAUAUGUGUUCCAUGCGAUUUUUGCAGCAGCUGUUAUCGUCAUGGUCCUAAAAACGAGACAGCGAAGCUACGAAUGGAUGACUGAAGAGCGGCUAUUCACUUCUGGUUUGAAAGUGUGUCCAAAUAAUGCCAAGAUUUACUACAACAUUGCCAAAUUGUCAGCGGAUAAAGGCAAUACAGAACUGGCAUUUAAGUAUUAUCACAAAGCGAUUGAGCUUUUCCCCGAUUACGAAUCAGCAUUGAUGAACUUGGGGAAUCUCUACCGAGACAAGAACGAUUACGACCUAGCUGAAAAGUACAUAAAGAGAUCGAUAGAAGCUCUAGAUGAAUUUCCUGCCGCAUGGAUGAACCUUGGAAUUGUGUUAGCUUCCCAGCACAAAUAUAACGAAUCGCUGAACGCCUACGAAACUGCGCUUAAAUAUCGCAAACGUUACGCGACGUGCCACUACAAUAUGGGCAACUUGUACAUCGAAAUGAAAAACAGUGACAUGGCGCUGAAGUCAUGGCAACAAUCGCUAACAAUCGAUCCGAAACAGGCGAAAGCAUGGGCGAAUCUAUUGGCACUGAUCGACAAUAAUGGAAUGCAUCGUGACGUUAUUCGUUUAUCAGAGGUGGCUCUACAGCAUGCGCCCAAUGAUCCGACUAUUUUGUUUACGCGAGCGAAUGCUUAUGGUAAAUUGAAUGAAUUCGAGGAGGCGGAACUGAUUUACAAGGAAGUGAUUCAAUUAAGACCGAAUUACGCUUUGUAUUACGUUAAUUUGGGUGUCUUGUAUCAUCGGUGGGGCAAAAAACAGCAUGCAAUACGAGCGUACGAGACUGCGUUGCAAAUUGAUCCGCAUUCAAGAAGUGUAAAAGAAAAUUUGAAGAAUUUGCUGAAGAGUACGGGACAAAUAAAUUGAAAUGAUGCAAACACUUGAAA